AUGGGAAAUGUAACGAGUGGUGAAAAUAAUGAAGAUCUGGUGGACAUUCUCAAAAUUUUAGGGUACAUUAAAACAAAAAGAGUCGAACGAAUUUUUCGGGCUGUUGAUAGAGGUGAUUAUGUACUACCAAGUCACAGAAGUGAAGCUUAUAAAGAUUUAUCCUGGAAAAUGGGAAAUAUUCAUCUAUCUGCACCGUGUAUAUACACUAAAGUUAUGGAAGGCUUAUCACUGGAACCAGGAUUAAGUUUUCUCAACAUAGGUUCAGGAACUGGGUAUUUGAGUACAAUGGCAGGAUUAAUUCUAAGUCGUAAUGGUACUAAUCAUGGGAUUGAAUUAAAUAAUGAUUGUAUGGAAUAUGCCUAUGAAAAAUUGGAAGAAUUUAAACAAAAAUCAUUGGCACUUGAUGAGUUUGAUUUUUGCGAACCUGUAUUUAUACAAGGAAACUGCUUAAAAUUGGAAUGUACCCGAAAAUACGAUAGAGUAUAUUGCGGUGCCGCUUGUCCUGAAUCUCAUGAAGCAUUCAUUAAACAAUUCGUUAAAAUUGGCGGAAUUUUGGUGAUGCCAUACAAGGACCACUUACUCCGUAUCGAAAGAGUUGAUACAGAUAGUUGGAAACAUAGAGUCAUGUUACCUGUCUUAUUUGCACCUCUAAUCAUGCCUACAUCUAAUUGUAUUUAUAAUAAUAGUGGUGAUGAUCAUGAUAACACUACUGAUAAAGUCAAUGAUUGUCCCAAUAGUUCACUUCUAUUACCUUUUUCCGAACCUCUAUCACUGCAAGAGUUGUGUCGAUGUGAAAUUCGAUGUCAGCUUCGUAAAAAUAUUUGGGCUGAACACCCGGAAUUAGAAGUUAACUAUCCAAUCACAGGACUCAAUAGAUCAGGACCAAAUGCUUAUCAUCCUAUCACCGCUCAAACUACAUUGCCGAGAUAUGUCAUGCCGUUAUACGAUGAAUCAUCCGAUAACUCUCCUUACAUUACAUUAAAUGAUGACUAUGACGAUGAUGAUGAUGAAGAUGAGGAUGAUGAUAAUGUCGAUAAUAACGAUGAUGAGGAUAAUCUCGAUAAUAAUAAUGAUGAUGAUGAUGAUGAUAAUAAUAAUGAUAACGAUGUCAAUAACAAAGAUAGAAGUUUGAAAAUUCGUCACCGCCGAAAUAGAAAAACGAGAUUAUUUUUCUGUCUUGAACCUUCUCGCUUAGAAAAUGAGCCGAACGAAGAAGAAGAUGAAGAUGAAGGUAAUAAUAAUGAUGAUAAUGAUGAUAAUGAUGAUGAUGAUGAAAUAGAACAAGUAACUUCAUUCAGGGUAUUGAAAAAUGUCUCACCCAAAAAAAGUAUAUUAAAUAUCUUCAACUUCGAUAAGAGUACCAUUAAUAACGACGAUAAUAAUAAAACCAAAGAUCAGAAAUUAUCGGAAAAUGCUUUUCAACCGUCUACUAGUCAGUAUUUAUCACAGGGAUGCUCAAAUAAUGACAAUAACCAAGAAAAUUCAAAUGAUAUUCUCUUCACAUCUGCAAAGGGGUCAUUAGAUUCAUUGCUGUGUUAUUCAAACUCUCAAAUAAAUAGCGAUAGUCAGGCCAACGAAGAAACAAUGGACGUCGAUAAGGAACAACAAGAUUCGACUGAUGAAAAUUUCCAAGUUGCAGAUGGUACUAAAUCUUCCAUACUGAACCCGUCUUCGACGUCAACCAAUAAUAUUAGAAAUGGGAUAACUACUGCUGAUAACAAUGAAGCUAAUUCGAAUACAUCUGGCUAUCAAGAAAUAUUGGACGCUAGUAACGGUAUCGACAAUAACGGUGAUGAUUCAAUGGAAUGCUUAAAUUUAAUGAAAUCGCGACAUCAGCAGAAAAAUAACAAAUGGGGAAUCUCCGAUCAUUUGAAUAGUGCUGAGAACCAUCCAUCGUUAUCAAAGCGGUCAAAGGUUAAUGACAUUGAAAAUAAUGAUGACAAUUCCCGCGAGAACCGGCCACAUCCAAGAGUUUGUGGUUAUAACGUUGAUAUCGAAUCAUUAUCUUCUCAUAUGAAAACAAAAAUAUCUCAAUUACCUUUGCCUGUAUUAUUAAGAUUAUACAUUAAUUAUAACCGUUCUUUAUAA